UGCACGCCGGGUAGAGGCGUGAAGGCGGCGCCGUCGGCGGCUCUCGCGUUCGUUAAAGAGGUGCGAAUUUUACUUUUUUAAAUCCGACAAACUCGCCUCACUCUACCCACCCCGCAUCCAUCUCUCCUCGUUUACACGCUUAUGUAGAAACGACGGCGCUCGUUAAAACGUCGCUCGGCAAUAAACAAUGACGAAAAGCGAGGAUGAGAACGCCGACGAGGGUGGCGGCGGUGGUGGCCGCAAUGGCGUGCGGGACAAGUUCGAGGAGCUGUGUCAGGACCUGAACAUGGACGAGUCGACGGUGCACGAGGCGUGGGCCGGCUUCGAGAAGAUCCGCACCAACUUCACCCUCGAGGGCGAUGAGCUGCACUGGCUGGCAUGCGCGCUGUAUGUGGCAUGUCGCAAGACGCUCAUCCCCACCGUGGGCCGGGGAACGCUUGAGGGAAACUGCGUGUCUCUGACGCGCAUCCUGCGCUCCUCCAAACUAAGGUGCCUGGUCCUGCCGCCCCCACCCCACGCCCACUCUGUCCACAGCCUCAUCGCCUUCUUUGGCAAGAUGAAGAAGUGGGGGGAAAUGGCGCAGGUGGGCUCCGAUUUCCGCUGUCGCAUCGAGCGCUUGGAGAGAAACUUUGCCGUCUCCACUGUCAUCUUCAAGAAGCUGGAGCCCAUCUUCCUGAGCCUGUUCCGCGACCCACAGGACGAAGCACCACGUCAGCCACGUGGGCGCAAGCAGAGACGCUUGCCCUGCACUGUCUCGGACCUGUUCAAGUUCUGCUGGACAUUAUUUGUGCGGACAAAAGCCAACUUUCCUAUGAUCAGCGAUGAUUUGGUAAACUCGUAUCACCUCCUGCUGUGCUGCCUGGACCUCAUGUAUGGAAAUGCCCUCCUGAGCUCUCAUCGCAAGGAUCUUCUCAACCCAAACUUCCAGGGCCUUCCGGAAGAAUUUGGCAACAAGGACUUCCGUCCGCCAGCGGAGCCCCCGUGCAUCAUCGACCAGCUGUGCGUGCUGCACGACGGCAUCGUACUGGAGGCCAAGGGCAUCAAGGAGCACUACUGGAAGCCGUACGUCCGCAAGCUGUUUGAGCGCAAGAUUCUGAAAGGAAAAAUCGACACCCUUUCUGGAUUUCUUGAUGUUUCAACUUUUACAGACAAUGAGAAAGCCAUUAACCGGGAGUACGAGGAGUACGUGCUGACGGUGGGCGACUUUGACGAGCGUGUGUUCCUGGGCGAGGACGCCGACGAGGAGCUCGGCACGCCGCAGAAGGGCACGGUGAUGCCAGGCACGCCGGGGGCGGGCCAUGAGCUCGCCGAGAAGAUGAAGAUCAAGCGCAACUUGCAGCAGCAUUUUGAGAAGACUCGCUCGCUGGCGCCCUCCACCCCACUGACGGGCCGGCGCUACCUCAAGGAAAAGGAGCAGGGCUUCACUCCAGUGUCAACGGCGACACAGAGCGUGGGCCGCCUGCAGUCCCUGCUGUCAGGCUUGCGCGGGGCACCCAGCGAGAAUCUGCUCUCCAUGCUGCGGUCAUCUUCGCGUGAUCAGACCGAGGCGGUGCAGACACGGGUGCGGGAGAUGGGUGCAACAUUCUGCAAACACUACACUGGGCCCAGCGAUGGGCAGCCUGGCUCGCAUAUAGACUUUGCCCAGAAACGGCUGAAAUUGGCAGAGAUUCUGUACUACAAAGUGCUGGAAGGUGUCAUCACACAGGAGAAGAAGAGGGUGCAAGGGAAAGACCUGACAACUCUGUUGGAGCAGGAUGUGUUUCACCGCUCGCUCAUGGCAUGCUGCCUGGAGAUCGUGCUCUUCUCCUACAACUCGCAGCGCACGUUCCCCUGGAUCCUCGACACGCUCAGCAUCAGCCCCUACUCCUUCUACAAGGUGAUAGAAGUACUGAUCCGUGCAGAGGAGGGCCUCUCACGGGACAUGGUGAAACACCUGAACCAUGUUGAGGAGACGGUGCUGGAGAGCCUAGCGUGGAGACGCGACUCCCCGCUCUGGGACGCCCUGCAUGCAGCCCAUGCCGCCGGCACGCCCAGCUGCGAGGAGGUGACACUACCAAACCACCUGGAAAGCAUUCCAGCUCCUGCCAUUAUUCAUCCGCGUGUGCGUGAAGUCCGCACCGACGCGUGCCCCAUCACAAUGAAAGUUGCAGGUGACGCGCCACAGUCCCCGUUCUCGGCGCAUGAUCGAUACAGCUCCCCAGCCGCUGGGACCGCUCGCCGCAAGCUGUUCACAGACUCAUUGGCGAUGGCAUCCAUCGCCUCCUCGACAUCUCAGUCUUCCUCCUCUACUGCCACCGCUGCCCCAUCCUCGGCGGUUGCUGACGGCUUGGCGGCGCCUGCAGCCUCCGUGCUGGGGCCGCGGGGACUGCUGAAUGUGCCGUCCGUAACGCCGCUGCCCGGACACACCAUGCUCACCGUAGCCACGGCCACCGUCACCGCAACUAAUGGCCAGUCGGUCACCAUUCCUGUGCGAGGCAUAACCAGUGACAGUGGCACCAUCACGUUCGUGCCAGUCACGGUGAAUAUGAGCGGGGGUCACCAGCCAACGCUGCAGGCCACGCAGUUGCUGUCGCAAACCCUGACCGCCCGCCGUAAGGAGGGCCCCGCCCUGUGCACUGCGCCAGCAGUGACAGCCGCAGCUGAUGGGGAAGCAGCUGCAGCAGGGGCCGGCACUAUCAUGAGCAGGCCCAAGCGCACUGGCUCCCUAGCACUCUUCUUCCGCAAGGUAUACCACCUGGCGAGCGUGCGGCUACGCGACCUCUGCCAGAAGCUGGACGUGUCGCCGGAGCUCCGCAGCAAAGUGUGGACUUGCUUCGAGCAUUCUCUUGUCCACUGCACCAACCUCAUGGCUGAUCGGCACCUUGAUCAACUGCUCAUGUGCGCCAUCUAUGUCAUGGCCAAGGUGACGAAGUCGGAGCGCUCAUUCCAGGACAUAAUGAAGUGGUAUCGGAGCCAGCCCCAGGCCAACAGUCACGUUUACCGCAGCGUUCUGCUCAAAGGCCGCAGACGCAGGAGGAACUCGGGCAGCAGUGAGGGCAGCACAGAGGCACGCGACCGAGGAGAGCGCGAGUCAAGCCCUCCCAGCAUGCGAUCCAGCAGCACCCUGCCCGUGCCUCACCCGAGCAGCGCACCACCCACGCCCACGCGCCUCCUGGGCUCAAGCUGUCACCCCGACAAUGAGGAUGAGGAGGAAGAGGAGAGGGGGGACCUCAUCCAGUUCUAUAACCAAACCUACAUCUCUUGUAUCCGCACCUUUGCGCUCAAGUACACCGGCAACAGCCUGGAGACUGCUAGGGAGGUGCCACCCUUGUCGCCGUUACCUCUUCUGCGGACGCACCCGUGCUCUCCGCGCCGCGUGUCCCACAUGCAUCCGAUCUACGUGUCGCCGCACAAGAAUGGCGCGCCCUUCUCCCCACGCAGCCGUAUGCUCUACUGCUUCAACCAGAGCCCCUCCAGGAACCUGCGUCAGAUCAAUUCCAUGAUCAGCUGUGGCGAGGGUGGCGCUGCUGCUGCUGCUGCUGCUCGCAAGCGGUCUCUGCCACUGGACGACGGGCCAGACUCCCCAGCCAAGCGACCACGCCCCGACGAGAGUGUGUGGCUCCGCCGGCUGCAGGACGUAGCCAGCGAGCGCGUCGUGCAGUGACGAAGCGCAAAAUAUUAAAAAGGCAAAUGACAACAAAACAACCCCUUGUUUUUUCUGGCUGGAGAUGGAAAUUGGCGUUGCUCGUUCCGCUUUCUUGACGUAGAGUUUGUGCAUCAUGCCGGAUAGUGUAGUGUAUGCGGUGUUGUGUGCCGACAAAGCAGAGAUGUGUGUGUGCGUGUAAUUGUCCUUACGGCUCAGUUCUCCACAUGCCCACCAUCAAGAAGUCCUUGGCACUCAAUCCGUGAAGGCAUGAUUAACGUGAACUCAUCAUAAUGCAUUGUCAACAUUUUGGGCUAUUUGCCCUGCUUAAGUUGGGCCUUUCAUUAAAAACGCGUCCGAUUUAGUUUGUAAAUUCAUAAUUUUCAACAUACUGGUGGUGUGCUUGAAAACAUUUGUUCAGAUGACACCUUGAUUUGUUUGGUAGUGUUAGGUGGUGGAGGUUGCGUUGCUGUAAUUGACAUGCAUACGGUCCAACCCAAAAAAUACACAAAUGCACAGUAUACGGCCUGAAAGUACAUUCUGCCUAAUGUACAUGUAAUAGAACAAUUAAUUUUGCCAAACGUCAAUGAAAGCUGUGUACACUGCAACCCUUUUAAUUAACUUUGGCGCUACCAGCAUUGCCGCUUUCAGCUGUUGAGUUUGAAUUACUACAUAGUGUUUUAACUACCACCUUAAUUUUAACAAUUAUUGCUGCCUUAGCCUCCCCCAGUUAAAACAUAAAACUAAACUUGUGACAUUGAUUACAGCAGUAUCUCUCCCGUAACAAUGGACACCAUGACAACAUUUUCAACAGUUACCCUUAUUUUUAAUUGUUACAGUAGCUCGAACAAUUACAUAUGAAGGCCUACUUGAUGGAGACAUACUUUGAUUACCUUGUUCAGUUAAUCACUGUUUAUAAAUUUUGAUUCAAAUUUAGAUAACAUGUUCAUACUACGCUGUCAAUUAAUUUAAAUGAGUUGUGCUUAAACAUUUGCUUCAUAUAUAGGUGUGGGUGACUCUUACCCUUAAGAAGACACAAAAAUAUUCAAUAAAAUGUAGAUCACCAUCGACCAUGAGCUGAUGGCUGAAACUAUUUUAGAAAAUUGCAUUUUAAUAAGUUUGUAAAUCCUUGUGUAUACUGUAUUGGUUAAAUAUUCUUAAAGUAAAUGCCACUUGUUAUAUUCUACAUUCUCUCUAACUUACGUAUUGCGAAAACGUGAAUUCCCGCUUUGUGGCGUUUUUUUGUUUGUUUCCGGCAGAGAUGGUGUAUGUGACUGAUAAUCAUGCUUAACCCACGUACUGUGUGUGCUGGAAGAUGUCUUAGCCUUAGACAAUGUGUGUACUGUGCUUGUGUUUUGUAUCCAUGAGCAGGGAAGGAAGCAGUGCAAGCUACGAGUAAAAGCGGGUCUGGGUUUGUGUUAAAGUGAAUGUUUUUUGCCACUUUUUUUUUUUAAUCUGUGCAGCUUGCAUUUAAUACACGUAUUGGAAGGACUUGAAACAAGUAUCCCUUUGUAGAUUUGUGUUGUUAAAAAGACGAUUUCUACAGCAAAUCUGUAAGAUAUUCACUUUAUUUCUGUUGUUUUUGUUUGUGUUAUUUGUUGAGAGCAUACGAUGGUGAAAAUGUGAAGUGUAUAUCUUCAGCCUGCUAGCUCAUGACGUGAUGUGUAGUAAAGUGAAGAAUGCAAUUUUUUUACUGGAAGCGGUUUUAAAUGAUAAAACAAAAGUACAUUGUAAAUCGGAUUGUUAAAAUGACUAUAUCCAUCAAGAAAAAGGAGGUAUGCAUCGUCUACAAUUAGUAACAUGAUAAGAAUUAAGACCAUUGUUUUGCAUGCGUAAAAUACUAAACUGGACAUUGGGGUGGCAUCAUGCAUAUUUGCGUUUAGGGUACAUAUGGAGUGGACUCGCUGUUUAAAGAAACCUUUUUAAACUAUCACGAAGUGUGGGUGCCUUUACUGAUGUUGUAUAAUGGAGUUUUAAAAAGUUGUGUUCAUAUAUGUCCUGUAAAUAGCUGAAAUGUUAUUUACCGGUCUUUCUGGGGGGAAAACAAGUACAGAAAGCAGUGUUUAAUGGGAACGUAAAAGCCAUUCAUUAAAUGUAAGCUAUGUUGGUUCA